GCAUAGCAGUUUCAUAAGAUAAAGAUAGACCACAGCUCAGCCUGCAGACACCACACAACUUGUCUCUUGCAGUUUGCUAUACUGGAGUGAAGGAACAUGUCUCAAGACAAAAAGAUUUCAGUCAUCAUCCUGAGCAAAGAGGAGUCUUGGGCAAAAAGCCUAAUAUCCACUAUCCUGGGAAAUAACAGCCAAGAGACCCAAAAAACUGAGAAUCAGAUAUUAACUUUAGAGCAUAUAACAUACAAACAAUGGGAUGAUUUCAAGCAUAUAUCCUUUGAUGAACAUGACCCUGAUAUGUGUUUGUUGGUGGGAGAGGAAACAUUUGAAGCUAAUGAUGUUUGGCAGCAGAUAGAACAUCUGGACAAGAAAGCUAAGUUCAUAGUUGUCCUGCCAUUCGAAUGUAAACUCACAGAUGAUCGAUUCAAGUCUUGGACCCUUCCAGAGCUUUCAAGUGAACUGGAAAAACUGGCUAAAGAAAGAAAACUAGAUAACAGAGAUAAUGGAUUCGAGUCUCGGACCCUUAAAGAUUUUUUCAAGAAUCUGGAAAAACUGGCUGAAAAAAGACAACUGCUUCUAAUCAAGAGGUGUGGAGAAAACACUGAGGCACCGACACCUACAGGUGGCAGAUCUAUCAAAGAGCUCUCCACUGACCACAAGAAGAGUUUAAAAAGACAGCACACUGCCACUGACGUCAGUCUUGUUCUUGUGGGAAUGGCUGGGACUGGAAAGAGUGCCAGUGGAAACACCAUCCUCGGAGACAAACUCUUCACGUCUAAAGCCAGUUCAAAGCCAGUCACUGCAAAGUGUCAGGUGAAAGAAACAAAGAUAAAAGACAUACAUGUGCGUGUAAUUGAUACUCCAGACAUCUUUGAUGAUGACCUCAAAUCAUCUGAUGAACAUGUAAAAAACUGUAAAAAGCUGUGUAAAUCAGACUCCUGUGUGUAUCUCCUUGUGAUGCAUGUAAGCAGAUUUACAGAUGGUGAGAGAGAGAUACUGACAAAGUUAGAAAAAGCUUUUGGGAACAAAGUCAGUGAAAAAACAGUCAUCGUGUUCACCAGAGGAGGCGACCUGCAGCAGGCAGAAAUGAGCCUGGAGGAUUUUUUGAAAUCCUGCCAACCUAAGCUGAAGGAAAUAAUUGAAAAAUGUGGCAACAGGUGUGUUGUUUUUGAGAACAGCAAACCAGAUUCAGUUCAAGUGAAAAACUUGAUGGACAUCGUGGUCAGUCUGAUCCGUCCAUCCACUGUCAUACACUGAUGACAGUGGAUCAGAUCAGAGUGAUAAAGGGCUUACAAAUGAUUUCUCAUAAACAGGUAAAUCAUUUAAUGAUUUCCUGACAUAUCCAGUUAAAAAUUAGUCAGAGCCGUAGACAUUUGUGAAUAAAGUACUUUUUUGAAAUUACUGCAUUAUUUAGUCUCUUGCUGUGUUAAUGUAGCCAGUUCAUGAUAAAUACCACAGAGCCUUCUACUGAGUGUGAUUAAAUGUUCGGAUAUCAUACAUGAUUUGAUGAUUCAUAGCUUAUAUUAAACUGCUUUCAAACACGCCCCAACACAGUUUUAACACUUUUAUAGACACAUUUACAUAUUUAGAUUUACAGAUGGUGAGAGAAAAAAAGACUUUGUGAACAAAGACCUACAAAAAGCAGAAAUGAACCUGGAGAAUUUUUUGAAUUAAUGCCAACCUAAGCUGAAGGAAAUUGAAAAAUGUGGCAGCAGGUGUUUUGUUUUUGAGAACAGAAAUGAUAACUUAAUCUAUCAGAUCAGAGAAAGGACACAAUUUCCUGCGUAAAAAAAUAAGUAGGUUAAAGCAUUAGAUGAUUCAAUAUAAUUAGCCACUUUCACCGUUAGAUUAUACAGCUGUAAAUUGAACAUUUAUGUUUUUACUUUAUUUCCAACUAUUCCAUGCUGAAGCAGAGAUCUCCUUCUGUUGGUUUGUUUGAAAUUGGAACUUUUAAUUUUCUCUAAUUGAUAACUGUGAUGUAAUCCAU